AUCUCGCAGCCCUCAGUGAUGCUGCCUCCACAGUCGCCCUCUCCAACCUCCUCUCAUCUGUCAUCAGCCCGUCGAUGAAAGAAAUCGAGGCCAUUACCCAAGGACCGCACUUUGUCAUGAAUCAAUGCUUUGUCAAAUUCAUAUUAGAGAGGGAUAAUGUCGACUUUUGCCAGUUCAUCAGGCGACAAGAUGACCAUUUCGUAAGGCUAUUGCUGGACCACGCUAUUUAUAGCAAUUACUACAACGACAAAGAGUACACGGAUAAUAUUCGAUUUCUGCUCUGGGAGGUCCAGGCACGCGAAAGCAUAUAAAUAAACUAAGCCCUGUAGUCAUAUAUUCGUUGUAAUAAUCAAAUUAAACUCC